AUGGAAGAAACGGAUACCGCUCCCUUCUCAUCCGCUGACAACGACUUCGAGAAGAUCUUUCAAGUGAUGAGGGAACCGUCAUCACUCGAAGAACUCAUCGCUGUGGACCGUUUCGGUGAGAACAGGAUCGUACCUAGUUGCAUGUUCAUUCACACCCUCAAUUUCCUCGCGCGCGCCAAUAUCGGAAAUGCGAAAAUCCUCAGUGCCGACAACGGUGACUCAUUGUUGCAAGUCCUCGACAUGACAAGCGAGCAGUUUUCCACUACCCCGUCAAAUUACAUGCUCAAGCAUUUUUCUCCUCCGCAUUGGUUCGCGUUCCUCAUGGUCUGGUGGGGCGGAACGGAUAUGAUUAUCUCAUGCGUCAAGAGCUAUAGCGCACGGAUGGGUCUCUGCUUUUUGCUAGAGGCGUUUGAGGCCGGGUUCUCUCCUGGAAUAAUCUACUUCCUUACCUUUAUCGCUUAUGGUGUUGGUCUCAUCAACGGCCCCAAAGGCUUGGAAGCGUGGCAGUGGUUAUUCAUCAUCGAGAGCUCUCUAUCACGUACUCUGGCGGUUGCAACGUACUUCUUCUUUCCGGCGUAUCCGGUGACAGCGACACGGCUAUCUGUGAAAGAAUGA